UGGCGGCGGCGGCGGCGGCGAUCGUUCCCUACCAUCCAGACCCUACUUCCCUCGCGCAGUAACACAGUAACCGUUGCGCGCGCGGCGUUUCGCUUUCACGCCUCUCACGCUCUCGGCUCUACUCCAUCACCGCGCACGGCACGCACACGUCCACUGCACCGUCCUCACGGGUACAUCCACGCGUCACGAGAAUCCGUUAAUAGCAGACCGAUCGCCAUGGCAGAGGAAUAUCUAUACGGAAUCACCCUAGAGGGACCGAAUGCAAGCGAGGUAUGGGACCCGGAGCACAAGAACGAUGACUCGGACGGCGCGGCCCAAGACAUCGGCGCUGAUCAGAAGCUCAUUAUAAAAAUGGCUCUUCUAGGACCGGAGGCUAAACCUGGAGAGCUUAAUGUCUUGCAAGUUGAAGCAAUGGGAUUAAAAGGACCCAUAAAAACUCCAAUUGCCUUGUUGGAGAUGGGAAAAACGGCGCAGAUUAUUCUUGAUCUCAGUUUCCCAGAUCCUCCAGUCACGUUCACGUUGGUUAAGGGCAGUGGACCUGUUCAUAUAGUAGGACACAAUCUUCUUGGUGGCCACAUUGAAGAAUUUGUGGAUAUGGAUGAUGAAGUGGAGGAAGAACUUGAUGAUGAGGAUGAUGAAAAGGCACCGCGAAAGAAACGAAAACUUUUAUCAGGAGAUAAAAAAAACGGCGUUGAAUGAGUACGGUCGUGAACAUAGACAAAUAGAAUAUUAAGAUAAAAAUCGACAUUGCGCCAUAGUAUGUCUAAAAAAUAUCAAUAUUGCA